GCUCAAGACGUAUGCCAACUUCCCAGAAGCACCUCAGGAGGAGGCUUCUCUCAGCAAUAGGCUCAAGACGUAUGCCAACUUCCCAGAAGCACCUCAGGAGGAGGCUUCUCUCAGCAAUAGGCUCAAGACGUAUGCCAACUUCCCAGAAGCACCUCAGGAGGAGGCUUCUCUCAGCAAUAGGCUCAAGACGUAUGCCAACUUCCCAGAAGCACCUCAGGAGGAGGCUUCUCUCAGCAAUAGGCUCAAGACGUAUGCCAACUUUCCAGAAGCACCUCAGGAGGAGGCUUCUCUCAGCAAUAGGCUCAAGACGUAUGCCAACUUUCCAGAAGCACCUCAGGAGGAGGCUUCUCUCAGCAAUAGGCUCAAGACGUAUGCCUACUUUCCAGAAGCACCUCAGGAGGAGGCUUCUCUCAGCAAUAGGCUCAAGACAUAUGCCAACUUUCCAGAAGCACCUCAGGAGGAGGCUUCUCUCAGCAAUAGGCUCAAGACGUAUGCCAACUUUCCAGAAGCACCUCAGGAGGAGGCUGCUCUCAGCAAUAGGCUCAAGACUUAUGCCAACUUUCCAGAAGCAUCUCAGGAGGAGGCUUCUCUCAGCAAUAGGCUCAAGACGUAUGCCAACUUCCCAGAAGCACCUCAGGAGGAGGCUUCUCUCAGCAAUAGGCUCAAGACGUAUGCCAAAUUUCCAGAAGCACCUCAGGAGGAGGCUUCUCUCAGCAAUAGGCUCAAGACGUAUGCCAACUUUCCAGAAGCACCUCAGGAGGAGGCUUCUCUCAGCAAUAGGCUCAAGACGUAUGCCAACUUUCCAGAAGCAUCUCAGGAGGAGGCUUCUCUCAGCAAUAGGCUCAAGACGUAUGCCAACUUUCCAGAAGCACCUCAGGAGGAGGCUUCUCUCAGCAAUAGGCUCAAGACGUAUGCCAACUUCCCAGAAGCACCUCAGGAGGAGGCUUCUCUCAGCAAUAGGCUCAAGACGUAUGCCAACUUUCCAGAAGCACCUCAGGAGGAGGCUUCUCUCAGCAAUAGGCUCAAGACGUAUGCCAACUUCCCAGAAGCACCUCAGGAGGAGGCUUCUCUCAGCAAUAGGCUCAAGACGUAUGCCAACUUCCCAGAAGCACCUCAGGAGGAGGCUUCUCUCAGCAAUAGGCUCAAGACGUAUGCCAACUUUCCAGAAGCACCUCAGGAGGAGGCUUCUCUCAGCAAUUGGCUCAAGACGUAUGCCAACUUUCCAGAAGCACCUCAGGAGGAGGCUUCUCUCAGCAAUAGGCUCAAGACGUAUGCCAACUUUCCAGAAGCACCUCAGGAGGAGGCUUCUCUCAGCAAUAGGCUCAAGACGUAUGCCAACUUUCCAGAAGCACCUCAGGAGGAGGCUUCUCUCAGCAAUAGGCUCAAGACGUAUGCCAACUUUCCAGAAGCACCUCAGGAGGAGGCUUCUCUCAGCAAUAGGGUCAAGACGUAUGCCAACUUUCCAGAAGCACCUCAGGAGGAGGCUUCUCUCAGCAAUAGGCUCAAGACGUAUGCCAACUUCCCAGAAGCACCUCAGGAGGAGGCUUCUCUCAGCAAUAGGCUCAAGACGUAUGCCAACUUCCCAGAAGCACCUCAGGAGGAGGCUUCUCUUAGCAAUAGGCUCAAGACGUAUGCCAACUUCCCAGAAGCACCUCAGGAGGAGGCUUCUCUCAGCAAUAGGCUCAAGACGUAUGCCAACUUCCCAGAAGCACCUCAGGAGGAGGCUUCUCUCAGCAAUAGGCUCAAGACGUAUGCCAACUUCCCAGAAGCACCUCAGGAGGAGGCUUCUCUCAGCAAUAGGCUCAAGACGUAUGCCAACUUUCCAGAAGCACCUCAGGAGGAGGCUUCUCUCAGCAAUAGGCUCAAGACGUAUGCCAACUUUCCAGAAGCACCUCAGGAGGAGGCUUCUCUCAGCAAUAGGGUCAAGACGUAUGCCAACUUUCCAGAAGCACCUCAGGAGGAGGCUUCUCUCAGCAAUAGGCUCAAGACGUAUGCCAACUUCCCAGAAGCACCUCAGGAGGAGGCUUCUCUCAGCAAUAGGCUCAAGACGUAUGCCAACUUCCCAGAAGCACCUCAGGAGGAGGCUUCUCUUAGCAAUAGGCUCAAGACGUAUGCCAACUUCCCAGAAGCACCUCAGGAGGAGGCUUCUCUCAGCAAUAGGCUCAAGACGUAUGCCAACUUCCCAGAAGCACCUCAGGAGGAGGCUUCUCUCAGCAAUAGGCUCAAGACGUAUGCCAACUUCCCAGAAGCACCUCAGGAGGAGGCUUCUCUCAGCAAUAGGCUCAAGACGUAUGCCAACUUCCCAGAAGCACCUCAGGAGGAGGCUUCUCUCAGCAAUAGGCUCAAGACGUAUGCCAACUUCCCAGAAGCACCUCAGGAGGAGGCUUCUCUCAGCAAUAGGCUCAAGACGUAUGCCAACUUCCCAGAAGCACCUCAGGAGGAGGCUUCUCUCAGCAAUAGGCUCAAGACGUAUGCCAACUUCCCAGAAGCACCUCAGGAGGAGGCUUCUCUCAGCAAUAGGCUCAAGACGUAUGCCAACUUCCCAGAAGCACCUCAGGAGGAGGCUUCUCUCAGCAAUAGGCUCAAGACGUAUGCCAACUUCCCAGAAGCACCUCAGGAGGAGGCUUCUCUCAGCAAUAGGCUCAAGAGGUAUGCCAACUUCCCAGAAGCACCUCAGGAGGAGGCUUCUCUCAGCAAUAGGCUCAAGACGUAUGCCAACUUCCCAGAAGCACCUCAGGAGGAGGCUUCUCUCAGCAAUAGGCUCAAGACGUAUGCCAACUUCCCAGAAGCACCUCAGGAGGAGGCUUCUCUCAGCAAUAGGCUCAAGAGGUAUGCCAACUUCCCAGAAGCACCUCAGGAGGAGGCUUCUCUCAGCAAUAGGCUCAAGACGUAUGCCAACUUCCCAGAAGCACCUCAGGAGGAGGCUUCUCUCAGCAAUAGGCUCAAGACGUAUGCCAACUUCCCAGAAGCACCUCAGGAGGAGGCUUCUCUCAGCAAUAGGCUCAAGACGUAUGCCAACUUCCCAGAAGCACCUCAGGAGGAGGCUUCUCUCAGCAAUAGGCUCAAGACGUAUGCCAACUUCCCAGAAGCACCUCAGGAGGAGGCUUCUCUCAGCAAUAGGCUCAAGACGUAUGCCAACUUCCCAGAAGCACCUCAGGAGGAGGCUUCUCUCAGCAAUAGGCUCAAGACGUAUGCCAACUUCCCAGAAGCACCUCAGGAGGAGGCUUCUCUCAGCAAUAGGCUCAAGACGUAUGCCAACUUUCCAGAAGCACCUCAGGAGGAGGCUUCUCUCAGCAAUAGGCUCAAGACGUAUGCCAACUUCCCAGAAGCACCUCAGGAGGAGGCUUCUCUCAGCAAUAGGCUCAAGACGUAUGCCAACUUUCCAGAAGCACCUCAGGAGGAGGCUUCUCUCAGCAAUAGGCUCAAGACGUAUGCCAACUUCCCAGAAGCACCUCAGGAGGAGGCUUCUCUCAGCAAUAGGCUCAAGACGUAUGCCAACUUCCCAGAAGCACCUCAGGAGGAGGCUUCUCUCAGCAAUAGGCUCAAGACGUAUGCCAACUUCCCAGAAGCACCUCAGGAGGAGGCUUCUCUCAGCAAUAGGCUCAAGACGUAUGCCAACUUUCCAGAAGCACCUCAGGAGGAGGCUUCUCUCAGCAAUAGGCUCAAGACGUAUGCCAACUUCCCAGAAGCACCUCAGGAGGAGGCUUCUCUCAGCAAUAGGCUCAAGACGUAUGCCAACUUUCCAGAAGCACCUCAGGAGGAGGCUUCUCUCAGCAAUAGGCUCAAGACGUAUGCCAACUUCCCAGAAGCACCUCAGGAGGAGGCUUCUCUCAGCAAUAGGCUCAAGACGUAUGCCAACUUCCCAGAAGCACCUCAGGAGGAGACUUCUCUCAGCAAUAGGCUCAAGACGUAUGCCAACUUCCCAGAAGCACCUCAGGAGGAGGCUUCUCUCAGCAAUAGGCUCAAGACGUAUGCCAACUUCCCAGAAGCACCUCAGGAGGAGGCUUCUCUCAGCAAUAGGCUCAAGACGUAUGCCAACUUCCCAGAAGCACCUCAGGAGGAGGCUUCUCUCAGCAAUAGGCUCAAGACGUAUGCCAACUACCCAGAAGCACCUCAGGAGGAGGCUUCUCUCAGCAAUAGGCUCAAGACGUAUGCCAACUUCCCAGAAGCACCUCAGGAGGAGGCUUCUCUCAGCAAUAGGCUCAAGACGUAUGCCAACUUCCCAGAAGCACCUCAGGAGGAGGCUUCUCUCAGCAAUAGGCUCAAGACGUAUGCCAACUUCCCAGAAGCACCUCAGGAGGAGGCUUCUCUCAGCAAUAGGCUCAAGACGUAUGCCAAAUUCCCAGAAGCACCUCAGGAGGAGGCUUCUCUCAGCAAUAGGCUCAAGACGUAUGCCAACUUCCCAGAAGCACCUCAGGAGGAGGCUUCUCUAAGCAAUAGGCUCAAGACGUAUGCCAACUUCCCAGAAGCACCUCAGGAGGAGGCUUCUCUCAGCAAUAGGCUCAAGACGUAUGCCAACUUCCCAGAAGCACCUCAGGAGGAGGCUUCUCUCAGCAAUAGGCUCAAGACGUAUGCCAACUUCCCAGAAGCACCUCAGGAGGAGGCUUCUCUCAGCAAUAGGCUCAAGACGUAUGCCAACUUCCCAGAAGCACCUCAGGAGGAGGCUUCUCUCAGCAAUAGGCUCAAGACGUAUGCCAACUUCCCAGAAGCACCUCAGGAGGAGGCUUCUCUCAGCAAUAGGCUCAAGACGUAUGCCAACUUCCCAGAAGCACCUCAGGAGGAGGCUUCUCUCAGCAAUAGGCUCAAGACGUAUGCCAACUUCCCAGAAGCACCUCAGGAGGAGGCUUCUCUCAGCAAUAGGCUCAAGACGUAUGCCAACUUCCCAGAAGCACCUCAGGAGGAGGCUUCUCUCAGCAAUAGGCUCAAGACGUAUGCCAACUUCCCAGAAGCACCUCAGGAGGAGGCUUCUCUCAGCAAUAGGCUCAAGACGUAUGCCAACUUCCCAGAAGCACCUCAGGAGGAGGCUUCUCUCAGCAAUAGGCUCAAGACGUAUGCCAACUUCCCAGAAGCACCUCAGGAGGAGGCUUCUCUCAGCAAUAGGCUCAAGACGUAUGCCAACUUCCCAGAAGCACCUCAGGAGGAGGCUUCUCUCAGCAAUAGGCUCAAGACGUAUGCCAACUUCCCAGAAGCACCUCAGGAGGAGGCUUCUCUCAGCAAUAGGCUCAAGACGUAUGCCAACUUCCCAGGAGCACCUCAGGAGGAGGCUUCUCUCAGCAAUAGGCUCAAGACGUAUGCCAACUCCCCAGAAGCACCUCAGGAGGAGGCUUCUCUCAGCAAUAGGCUCAAGACGUAUGCCAGCUUCCCAGAAGCACCUCAGGAGGAGGCUUCUCUCAGCAAUAGGCUCAAGACGUAUGCCAGCUUCCCAGAAGCACCUCAGGAGGAGGCUUCUCUCAGCAAUAGGCUCAAGACGUAUGCCAACUCCCCAGAAGCACCUCAGGAGGAGGCUUCUCUCAGCAAUAGGCUCAAGACGUAUGCCAGCUUCCCAGAAGCACCUCAGGAGCAGGCUUCUCUCAGCAAUAGGCUCAAGACGUAUGCCAACUUCCCAGAAGCACCUCAGGAGGAGGCUUCUCUCAGCAAUAGGCUCAAGACGUAUGCCAACUUCCCAGAAGCACCUCAGGAGGAGGCUUCUCUCAGCAAUAGGCUCAAGACGUAUGCCAACUCCCCAGAAGCACCUCAGGAGGAGGCUUCUCUCAGCAAUAGGCUCAAGACGUAUGCCAACUUCCCAGAAGCACCUCAGGAGGAGGCUUCUCUCAGCAAUAGGCUCAAGACGUAUGCCAACUUCCCAGAAGCACCUCAGGAGGAGGCUUCUCUCAGCAAUAGGCUCAAGACGUAUGCCAACUUCCCAGAAGCACCUCAGGAGGAGGCUUCUCUCAGCAAUAGGCUCAAGACGUAUGCCAACUUCCCAGAAGCACCUCAGGAGGAGGCUUCUCUCAGCAAUAGGCUCAAGACGUAUGCCAACUCCCCAGAAGCACCUCAGGAGGAGGCUUCUCUCAGCAAUAGGCUCAAGACGUAUGCCAACUUCCCAGAAGCACCUCAGGAGGAGGCUUCUCUCAGCAAUAGGCUCAAGACGUAUGCCAACUUCCCAGAAGCACCUCAGGAGGAGGCUUCUCUCAGCAAUAGGCUCAAGACGUAUGCCAACUUCCCAGAAGCACCUCAGGAGGAGGCUUCUCUCAGCAAUAGGCUCAAGACGUAUGCCAACUCCCCAGAAGCACCUCAGGAGGAGGCUUCUCUCAGCAAUAGGCUCAAGACGUAUGCCAACUUCCCAGAAGCACCUCAGGAGGAGGCUUCUCUCAGCAAUAGGCUCAAGACGUAUGCCAACUUCCCAGAAGCACCUCAGGAGGAGGCUUCUCUCAGCAAUAGGCUCAAGACGUAUGCCAACUUCCCAGAAGCACCUCAGGAGGAGGCUUCUCUCAGCAAUAGGCUCAAGACGUAUGCCAACUUCCCAGGAGCACCUCAGGAGGAGGCUUCUCUCAGCAAUAGGCUCAAGACGUAUGCCAACUCCCCAGAAGCACCUCAGGAGGAGGCUUCUCUCAGCAAUAGGCUCAAGACGUAUGCCAACUUCCCAGAAGCACCUCAGGAGGAGGCUUCUCUCAGCAAUAGGCUCAAGACGUAUGCCAACUUCCCAGAAGCACCUCAGGAGGAGGCUUCUCUCAGCAAUAGGCUCAAGACGUAUGCCAACUUCCCAGAAGCACCUCAGGAGGAGGCUUCUCUCAGCAAUAGGCUCAAGACGUAUGCCAACUUCCCAGGAGCACCUCAGGAGGAGGCUUCUCUCAGCAAUAGGCUCAAGACGUAUGCCAACUCCCCAGAAGCACCUCAGGAGGAGGCUUCUCUCAGCAAUAGGCUCAAGACGUAUGCCAACUUCCCAGAAGCACCUCAGGAGGAGGCUUCUCUCAGCAAUAGGCUCAAGACGUAUGCCAACUUCCCAGAAGCACCUCAGGAGGAGGCUUCUCUCAGCAAUAGGCUCAAGACGUAUGCCAACUUCCCAGGAGCACCUCAGGAGGAGGCUUCUCUCAGCAAUAGGCUCAAGACGUAUGCCAACUCCCCAGAAGCACCUCAGGAGGAGGCUUCUCUCAGCAAUAGGCUCAAGACGUAUGCCAACUUCCCAGAAGCACCUCAGGAGGAGGCUUCUCUCAGCAAUAGGCUCAAGACGUAUGCCAACUUCCCAGAAGCACCUCAGGAGGAGGCUUCUCUCAGCAAUAGGCUCAAGACGUAUGCCAACUUCCCAGAAGCACCUCAGGAGGAGGCUUCUCUCAGCAAUAGGCUCAAGACGUAUGCCAACUUCCCAGGAGCACCUCAGGAGGAGGCUUCUCUCAGCAAUAGGCUCAAGACGUAUGCCAACUUCCCAGAAACACCUCAGGAGGAGGCUUCUCUCAGCAAUAGGCUCAAGACGUAUGCCAACUUCCCAGAAGCACCUCAGGAGGAGGCUUCUCUCAGCAAUAGGCUCAAGACGUAUGCCAACUUCCCAGAAGCACCUCAGGAGGAGGCUUCUCUCAGCAAUAGGCUCAAGACGUAUGCCAACUUCCCAGAAGCACCUCAGGAGGAGGCUUCUCUCAGCAAUAGGCUCAAGACGUAUGCCAACUUCCCAGGAGCACCUCAGGAGGAGGCUUCUCUCAGCAAUAGGCUCAAGACCUAUGCCAACUUCCUAGAAGCACCUCAGGAGGAGGCUUCUCUCAGCAAUAGGCUCAAGACGUAUGCCAACUUCCCAGAAGCACCUCAGGAGGAGGCUUCUCUCAGCAAUAGGCUCAAGACGUAUGCCAACUUCCCAGAAGCACCUCAGGAGGAGGCUUCUCUCAGCAAUAGGCUCAAGACGUAUGCCAACUUCCCAGAAGCACCUCAGGAGGAGGCUUCUCUCAGCAAUAGGCUCAAGACGUAUGCCAACUUCCCAGGAGCACCUCAGGAGGAGGCUUCUCUCAGCAAUAGGCUCAAGACCUAUGCCAACUUCCUAGAAGCACCUCAGGAGGAGGCUUCUCUCAGCAAUAGGCUCAAGACGUAUGCCAACUUCCCAGAAGCACCUCAGGAGGAGGCUUCUCUCAGCAAUAGGCUCAAGACGUAUGCCAACUUCCCAGAAGCACCUCAGGAGGAGGCUUCUCUCAGCAAUAGGCUCAAGACGUAUGCCAACUUCCCAGAAGCACCUCAGGAGGAGGCUUCUCUCAGCAAUAGGCUCAAGACGUAUGCCAACUUCCCAGGAGCACCUCAGGAGGAGGCUUCUCUCAGCAAUAGGCUCAAGACGUAUGCCAACUCCCCAGAAGCACCUCAGGAGGAGGCUUCUCUCAGCAAUAGGCUCAAGACGUAUGCCAACUUCCCAGAAACACCUCAGGAGGAGGCUUCUCUCAGCAAUAGGCUCAAGACGUAUGCCAACUUCCCAGAAGCACCUCAGGAGGAGGCUUCUCUCAGCAAUAGGCUCAAGACGUAUGCCAACUUCCCAGAAGCACCUCAGGAGGAGGCUUCUCUCAGCAAUAGGCUCAAGACGUAUGCCAACUUCCCAGAAGCACCUCAGGAGGAGGCUUCUCUCAGCAAUAGGCUCAAGACGUAUGCCAACUUCCCAGAAACACCUCAGGAGGAGGCUUCUCUCAGCAAUAGGCUCAAGACGUAUGCCAACUUCCCAGAAGCACCUCAGGAGGAGGCUUCUCUCAGCAAUAGGCUCAAGACGUAUGCCAACUUCCCAGAAGCACCUCAGGAGGAGGCUUCUCUCAGCAAUAGGCUCAAGACGUAUGCCAACUUCCCAGAAGCACCUCAGGAGGAGGCUUCUCUCAGCAAUAGGCUCAAGACGUAUGCCAACUUCCCAGAAGCACCUCAGGAGGAGGCUUCUCUCAGCAAUAGGCUCAAGACGUAUGCCAACUUCCCAGAAGCACCUCAGGAGGAGGCUUCUCUCAGCAAUAGGCUCAAGACGUAUGCCAACUUCCCAGAAGCACCUCAGGAGGAGGCUUCUCUCAGCAAUAGGCUCAAGACGUAUGCCAACUUCCCAGAAGCACCUCAGGAGGAGGCUUCUCUCAGCAAUAGGCUCAAGACGUAUGCCAACUUCCCAGAAGCACCUCAGGAGGAGGCUUCUCUCAGCAAUAGGCUCAAGACGUAUGCCAACUUCCCAGAAGCACCUCAGGAGGAGGCUUCUCUCAGCAAUAGGCUCAAGACGUAUGCCAACUUCCCAGAAGCACCUCAGGAGGAGGCUUCUCUCAGCAAUAGGCUCAAGACGUAUGUCAACUUCCCAGAAGCACCUCAGGAGGAGGCUUCUCUCAGCAAUAGGCUCAAGACGUAUGCCAACUUCCCAGAAGCACCUCAGGAGGAGGCUUCUCUCAGCAAUAGGCUCAAGACGUAUGCCAACUUCCCAGAAGCACCUCAGGAGGAGGCUUCUCUCAGCAAUAGGCUCAAGACGUAUGUCAACUUCCCAGAAGCACCUCAGGAGGAGGCUUCUCUCAGCAAUAGGCUCAAGACGUAUGCCAACUUCCCAGAAGCACCUCAGGAGGAGGCUUCUCUCAGCAAUAGGCUCAAGACGUAUGCCAACUUCCCAGAAGCACCUCAGGAGGAGGCUUCUCUCAGCAAUAGGCUCAAGACGUAUGCCAACUUCCCAGAAGCACCUCAGGAGGAGGCUUCUCUCAGCAAUAGGCUCAAGACGUAUGCCAACUUCCCAGAAGCACCUCAGGAGGAGGCUUCUCUCAGCAAUAGGCUCAAGACGUAUGCCAACUUCCCAGAAGCACCUCAGGAGGAGGCUUCUUUCAGCAAUAGGCUCAAGACGUAUGCCAACUUCCCAGAAGCACCUCAGGAGGAGGCUUCUCUCAGCAAUAGGCUCAAGACGUAUGCCAACUUCCCAGAAGCACCUCAGGAGGAGGCUUCUCUCAGCAAUAGGCUCAAGACGUAUGCCAACUUCCCAGAAGCACCUCAGGAGGAGGCUUCUCUCAGCAAUAGGCUCAAGACGUAUGCCAACUUCCCAGAAGCACCUCAGGAGGAGGCUUCUCUCAGCAAUAGGCUCAAGACGUAUGCCAACUUCCCAGAAGCACCUCAGGAGGAGGCUUCUUUCAGCAAUAGGCUCAAGACGUAUGCCAACUUCCCAGAAGCACCUCAGGAGGAGGCUUCUCUCAGCAAUAGGCUCAAGACGUAUGCCAACUUCCCAGAAGCACCUCAGGAGGAGGCUUCUCUCAGCAAUAGGCUCAAGACGUAUGCCAACUUCCCAGAAGCACCUCAGGAGGAGGCUUCUCUCAGCAAUAGGCUCAAGACGUAUGCCAACUUCCCAGAAGCACCUCAGGAGGAGGCUUCUCUCAGCAAUAGGCUCAAGACGUAUGCCAACUUCCCAGAAGCACCUCAGGAGGAGGCUUCUCUCAGCAAUAGGCUCAAGACGUAUGCCAACUUCCCAGAAGCACCUCAGGAGGAGGCUUCUCUCAGCAAUAGGCUCAAGACGUAUGCCAACUUCCCAGAAGCACCUCAGGAGGAGGCUUCUCUCAGCAAUAGGCUCAAGACGUAUGCCAACUUCCCAGAAGCACCUCAGGAGGAGGCUUCUCUCAGCAAUAGGCUCAAGACGUAUGCCAACUUCCCAGAAGCACCUCAGGAGGAGGCUUCUCUCAGCAAUAGGCUCAAGACGUAUGCCAACUUCCCAGAAGCACCUCAGGAGGAGGCUUCUCUCAGCAAUAGGCUCAAGACGUAUGCCAACUACCCAGAAGCACCUCAGGAGGAGGCUUCUCUCAGCAAUAGGCUCAAGACGUAUGCCAACUCCCCAGAAGCACCUCAGGAGGAGGCUUCUCUCAGCAAUAGGCUCAAGACGUAUGCCAACUACCCAGAAGCACCUCAGGAGGAGGCUUCUCUCAGCAAUAGGCUCAAGACGUAUGCCAACUCCCCAGAAGCACCUCAGGAGGAGGCUUCUCUCAGCAAUAGGCUCAAGACGUAUGCCAACUACCCAGAAGCACCUCAGGAGGAGGCUUCUCUCAGCAAUAGGCUCAAGACGUAUGCCAACUACCCAGAAGCACCUCAGGAGGAGGCUUCUCUCAGCAAUAGGCUCAAGACGUAUGCCAACUACCCAGAAGCACCUCAGGAGGAGGCUUCUCUCAGCAAUAGGCUCAAGACGUAUGCCAACUUCCCAGAAGCACCUCAGGAGGAGGCUUCUCUCAGCAAUAGGCUCAAGACGUAUGCCAACUUCCCAGAAGCACCUCAGGAGGAGGCUUCUCUCAGCAAUAGGCUCAAGACGUAUGCCAACUUCCCAGAAGCACCUCAGGAGGAGGCUUCUCUCAGCAAUAGGCUCAAGACGUAUGCCAACUCCCCAGAAGCACCUCAGGAGGAGGCUUCUCUCAGCAAUAGGCUCAAGACCUAUGCCAACUUCCCAGAAGCACCUCAGGAGGAGGCUUCUCUCAGCAAUAGGCUCAAGACCUAUGCCAACUUCCCAGAAGCACCUCAGGAGGAGGCUUCUCUCAGCAAUAGGCUCAAGACGUAUGCCAACUACCCAGAAGCACCUCAGGAGGAGGCUUCUCUCAGCAAUUGGCUCAAGACGUAUGCCAACUCCCCAGAAGCACCUCAGGAGGAGGCUUCUCUCAGCAAUAGGCUCAAGACGUAUGCCAACUCCCCAGAAGCACCUCAGGAGGAGGCUUCUCUCAGCAAUAGGCUCAAGACGUAUGCCAACUACCCAGAAGCACCUCAGGAGGAGGCUUCUCUCAGCAAUAGGCUCAAGACGUAUGCCAACUCCCCAGAAGCACCUCAGGAGGAGGCUUCUCUCAGCAAUAGGCUCAAGACGUAUGCCAACUCCCCAGAAGCACCUCAGGAGGAGGCUUCUCUCAGCAAUAGGCUCAAGACGUAUGCCAACUCCCCAGAAGCACCUCAGGAGGAGGCUUCUCUCAGCAAUAGGCUCAAGACGUAUGCCAACUCCCCAGAAGCACCUCAGGAGGAGGCUUCUCUCAGCAAUAGGCUCAAGACGUAUGCCAACUCCCCAGAAGCACCUCAGGAGGAGGCUUCUCUCAGCAAUAGGCUCAAGACGUAUGCCAACUACCCAGAAGCACCUCAGGAGGAGGCUUCUCUCAGCAAUAGGCUCAAGACGUAUGCCAACUCCCCAGAAGCACCUCAGGAGGAGGCUUCUCUCAGCAAUAGGCUCAAGACGUAUGCCAACUCCCCAGAAGCACCUCAGGAGGAGGCUUCUCUCAGCAAUAGGCUCAAGACGUAUGCCAACUCCCCAGAAGCACCUCAGGAGGAGGCUUCUCUCAGCAAUAGGCUCAAGACGUAUGCCAACUCCCCAGAAGCACCUCAGGAGGAGGCUUCUCUCAGCAAUAGGCUCAAGACGUAUGCCAACUCCCCAGAAGCACCUCAGGAGGAGGCUUCUCUCAGCAAUAGGCUCAAGACGUAUGCCAACUUCCCAGAAGCACCUCAGGAGGAGGCUUCUCUCAGCAAUAGGCUCAAGACGUAUGCCAACUUCCCAGAAGCACCUCAGGAGGAGGAUUCUCUCAGCAAUAGGCUCAAGACGUAUGCCAACUCCCCAGAAGCACCUCAGGAGGAGGCUUCUCUCAGCAAUAGGCUCAAGACGUAUGCCAACUCCCCAGAAGCACCUCAGGAGGAGGCUUCUCUCAGCAAUAGGCUCAAGACCUAUGCCAACUUCCCAGAAGAACCUAAGGAGGAGGCUUCUCUCAGCAAUAGGCUCAAGACGUAUGCCAACUUCCCAGAAGCACCUCAGGAGGAGGCUUCUCUCAGCAAUAGGCUCAAGACGUAUGCCAACUCCCCAGAAGCACCUCAGGAGGAGGCUUCUCUCAGCAAUAGGCUCAAGACGUAUGCCAACUUCCCAGAAGCACCUCAGGAGGAGGCUUCUCUCAGCAAUAGGCUCAAGACGUAUGCCAACUCCCCAGAAGCACCUCAGGAGGAGGCUUCUCUCAGCAAUAGGCUCAAGACGUAUGCCAACUACCCAGAAGCACCUCAGGAGGAGGCUUCUCUCAGCAAUAGGCUCAAGACGUAUGCCAACUCCCCAGAAGCACCUCAGGAGGAGGCUUCUCUCAGCAAUAGGCUCAAGACGUAUGCCAACUUCCCAGAAGCACCUCAGGAGGAGGCUUCUCUCAGCAAUAGGCUCAAGACGUAUGCCAACUUCCCAGAAGCACCUCAGGAGGAGGCUUCUCUCAGGAAUAGGCUCAAGACGUAUGCCAACUCCCCAGAAGCACCUCAGGAGGAGGCUUCUCUCAGCAAUAGCCUCAAGACCUAUGCCAACUUCCCAGAAGCACCUCAGGAGGAGGCUUCUCUCAGCAAUAGGCUCAAGACGUAUGCCAACUUCCCAGAAGCACCUCAGGAGGAGGCUUCUCUCAGCAAUAGGCUCAAGACGUAUGCCAACUUCCCAGAAGCACCUCAGGAGGAGGCUUCUCUCAGGAAUAGGCUCAAGACGUAUGCCAACUUCCCAGAAGCACCUCAGGAGGAGGCUUCUCUCAGCAAUAGGCUCAAGACGUAUGCCAACUCCCCAGAAGCACCUCAGGAGGAGGCUUCUCUCAGCAAUAGCCUCAAGACCUAUGCCAACUUCCCAGAAGCACCUCAGGAGGAGGCUUCUCUCAGCAAUAGGCUCAAGACCUAUGCCAACUUCCCAGAAGAACCUAAGGAGGAGGCUUCUCUCAGCAAUAGGCUCAAGACGUAUGCCAACUUCCCAGAAGCACCUCAGGAGGAGGCUUCUCUCAGCAAUAGGCUCAAGACGUAUGCCAACUCCCCAGAAGCACCUCAGGAGGAGGCUUCUCUCAGCAAUAGGCUCAAGACGUAUGCCAACUUCCCAGAAGCACCUCAGGAGGAGGCUUCUCUCAGCAAUAGGCUCAAGACGUAUGCCAACUCCCCAGAAGCACCUCAGGAGGAGGCUUCUCUCAGCAAUAGGCUCAAGACGUAUGCCAACUACCCAGAAGCACCUCAGGAGGAGGCUUCUCUCAGCAAUAGGCUCAAGACGUAUGCCAACUCCCCAGAAGCACCUCAGGAGGAGGCUUCUCUCAGCAAUAGGCUCAAGACGUAUGCCAACUUCCCAGAAGCACCUCAGGAGGAGGCUUCUCUCAGCAAUAGGCUCAAGACGUAUGCCAACUUCCCAGAAGCACCUCAGGAGGAGGCUUCUCUCAGGAAUAGGCUCAAGACGUAUGCCAACUCCCCAGAAGCACCUCAGGAGGAGGCUUCUCUCAGCAAUAGCCUCAAGACCUAUGCCAACUUCCCAGAAGCACCUCAGGAGGAGGCUUCUCUCAGCAAUAGGCUCAAGACGUAUGCCAACUUCCCAGAAGCACCUCAGGAGGAGGCUUCUCUCAGCAAUAGGCUCAAGACGUAUGCCAACUUCCCAGAAGCACCUCAGGAGGAGGCUUCUCUCAGGAAUAGGCUCAAGACGUAUGCCAACUUCCCAGAAGCACCUCAGGAGGAGGCUUCUCUCAGCAAUAGGCUCAAGACGUAUGCCAACUCCCCAGAAGCACCUCAGGAGGAGGCUUCUCUCAGCAAUAGCCUCAAGACCUAUGCCAACUUCCCAGAAGCACCUCAGGAGGAGGCUUCUCUCAGCAAUAGGCUCAAGACGUAUGCCAACUUCCCAGAAGCACCUCAGGAGGAGGCUUCUCUCAGCAAUAGGCUCAAGACGUAUGCCAACUACCCAGAAGCACCUCAGGAGGAGGCUUCUCUCAGCAAUAGGCUCAAGACCUAUGCCAACUCCCCAGAAGCACCUCAGGAGGAGGCUUCUCUCAGCAAUAGGCUCAAGACGUAUGCCAACUUCCCAGAAGCACCUCAGGAGGAGGCUUCUCUCAGCAAUAGGCUCAAGACGUAUGCCAACUCCCCAGAAGCACCUCAGGAGGAGGCUUCUCUCAGCAAUAGCCUCAAGACCUAUGCCAACUUCCCAGAAGCACCUCAGGAGGAGGCUUCUCUCAGCAAUAGGCUCAAGACGUAUGCCAACUUCCCAGAAGCACCUCAGGAGGAGGCUUCUCUCAGCAAUAGGCUCAAGACGUAUGCCAACUACCCAGAAGCACCUCAGGAGGAGGCUUCUCUCAGCAAUAGGCUCAAGACGUAUGCCAACUCCCCAGAAGCACCUCAGGAGGAGGCUUCUCUCAGCAAUAGGCUCAAGACGUAUGCCAACUACCCAGAAGCACCUCAGGAGGAGGCUUCUCUCAGCAAUAGGCUCAAGACGUAUGCCAACUCCCCAGAAGCACCUCAGGAGGAGGCUUCUCUCAGCAAUAGGCUCAAGACGUAUGCCAACUUCCCAGAAGCACCUCAGGAGGAGGCUUCUCUCAGCAAUAGGCUCAAGACGUAUGCCAACUCCCCAGAAGCACCUCAGGAGGAGGCUUCUCUCAGCAAUAGGCUCAAGACGUAUGCCAACUACCCAGAAGCACCUCAGGAGGAGGCUUCUCUCAGCAAUAGGCUCAAGACGUAUGCCAACUACCCAGAAGCACCUCAGGAGGAGGCUUCUCUCAGCAAUAGGCUCAAGACGUAUGCCAACUUCCCAGAAGCACCUCAGGAGGAGGCUUCUCUCAGCAAUAGGCUCAAGACGUAUGCCAACUCCCCAGAAGCACCUCAGGAGGAGGCUUCUCUCAGCAAUAGGCUCAAGACGUAUGCCAACUACCCAGAAGCACCUCAGGAGGAGGCUUCUCUCAGCAAUAGGCUCAAGACGUAUGCCAACUCCCCAGAAGCACCUCAGGAGGAGGCUUCUCUCAGCAAUAGGCUCAAGACGUAUGCCAACUACCCAGAAGCACCUCAGGAGGAGGCUUCUCUCAGCAAUAGGCUCAAGACCUAUGCCAACUCCCCAGAAGCACCUCAGGACGAGGCUUCUCUCAGCAAUAGCCUCAAGACCUAUGCCAACUUCCCAGAAGCACCUCAGGAGGAGGCUUCUCUCAGCAAUAGGCUCAAGACGUAUGCCAACUUCCCAGAAGCACCUCAGGAGGAGGCUUCUCUCAGCAAUAGGCUCAAGACGUAUGCCAACUACCCAGAAGCACCUCAGGAGGAGGCUUCUCUCAGCAAUAGGCUCAAGACCUAUGCCAACUCCCCAGAAGCACCUCAGGACGAGGCUUCUCUCAGCAAUAGGCUCAAGACGUAUGCCAACUUCCCAGAAGCACCUCAGGAGGAGGCUUCUCUCAGCAAUAGGCUCAAGACGUAUGCCAACUCCCCAGAAGCACCUCAGGAGGAGGCUUCUCUCAGCAAUAGCCUCAAGACCUAUGCCAACUUCCCAGAAGCACCUCAGGAGGAGGCUUCUCUCAGCAAUAGGCUCAAGACGUAUGCCAACUUCCCAGAAGCACCUCAGGAGGAGGCUUCUCUCAGCAAUAGGCUCAAGACGUAUGCCAACUCCCCAGAAGCACCUCAGGAGGAGGCUUCUCUCAGCAAUAGGCUCAAGACCUAUGCCAACGUCUCAGAAGCACAUCAGGAGGAGGCUUCUCUCAGCAAUAGGCUCAAGACGUAUGCCAACUCCCCAGAAGCACCUCAGGAGGAGGCUUCUCUCAGCAAUAGGCUCAAGACCUAUGCCAACUUCCCAGAAGCACCUCAGGAGGAGGCUUCUCUCAGCAAUAGGCUCAAGACCUAUGCCAACUUCCCAGAAGCACCUCAGGAGGAGGCUUCUCUCAGCAAUAGGCUCAAGACGUAUGCCAACUUCCCAGAAGCACCUCAGGAGGAGGCUUCUCUCAGCAAUAGGCUCAAGACGUAUGCCAACUUCCCAGAAGCACCUCAGGAGGAGGCUUCUCUCAGCAAUAGGCUCAAGACGUAUGCCAACUUCCCAGAAGCACCUCAGGAGGAGGCUUCUCUCAGCAAUAGGCUCAAGACGUAUGCCAACUCCCCAGAAGCACCUCAGGAGGAGGCUUCUCUCAGCAAUAGGCUCAAGACGUAUGCCAACUUCCCAGAAGCACCUCAGGAGGAGGCUUCUCUCAGCAAUAGGCUCAAGACCUAUGCCAACUUCCUAGAAGCACCUCAGGAGGAGGCUUCUCUCAGCAAUAGGCUCAAGACGUAUGCCAACUUCCCAGAAGCACCUCAGGAGGAGGCUUCUCUCAGCAAUAGGCUCAAGACCUAUGCCAACUUCCCAGAAGCACCUCAGGAGGAGGCUUCUCUCAGCAAUAGGCUCAAGACGUAUGCCAACUCCCCAGAAGCACCUCAGGAGGAGGCUUCUCUCAGCAAUAGGCUCAAGACCUAUGCCAACUUCCCAGAAGCACCUCAGGAGGAGGCUUCUCUCAGCAAUAGGCUCAAGACCUAUGCCAACUUCCUAGAAGCACCUCAGGAGGAGGCUUCUCUCAGCAAUAGGCUCAAGACGUAUGCCAACUUCCCAGAAGCACCUCAGGAGGAGGCUUCUCUCAGCAAUAGGCUCAAGACGUAUGCCAACUUCCCAGAAGCACCUCAGGAGGAGGCUUCUCUCAGCAAUAGGCUCAAGACCUAUGCCAACUUCCUAGAAGCACCUCAGGAGGAGGCUUCUCUCAGCAAUAGGCUCAAGACCUAUGCCAACUCCCCAGAAGCACCUCAGGAGGAGGCUUCUCUCAGCAAUAGGCUCAAGACCUAUGCCAACUUCCCAGAAGCACCUCAGGAGGAGGCUUCUCUCAGCAAUAGGCUCAAGACCUAUGCCAACUCCCCAGAAGCACCUCAGGAGGAGGCUUCUCUCAGCAAUAGGCUCAAGACGUAUGCCAACUUCCCAGAAGCACCUCAGGAGGAGGCUUCUCUCAGCAAUAGGCUCAAGACCUAUGCCAACUUCCCAGAAGCACCUCAGGAGGAGGCUUCUCUCAGCAAUAGGCUCAAGACCUAUGCCAACUUCCUAGAAGCACCUCAGGAGGAGGCUUCUCUCAGCAAUAGGCUCAAGACGUAUGCCAACUUCCCAGAAGCACCUCAGGAGGAGGCUUCUCUCAGCAAUAGGCUCAAGACGUAUGCCAACUUCCCAGAAGCACCUCAGGAGGAGGCUUCUCUCAGCAAUAGGCUCAAGACCUAUGCCAACUUCCUAGAAGCACCUCAGGAGGAGGCUUCUCUCAGCAAUAGGCUCAAGACCUAUGCCAACUCCCCAGAAGCACCUCAGGAGGAGGCUUCUCUCAGCAAUAGGCUCAAGACGUAUGCCAACUUCCCAGAAGCACCUCAGGAGGAGGCUUCUCUCAGCAAUAGGCUCAAGACGUAUGCCAACUUCCCAGAAGCACCUCAGGAGGAGGCUUCUCUCAGCAAUAGGCUCAAGACGUAUGCCAACUUCCCAGAAGCACCUCAGGAGGAGGCUUCUCUCAGCAAUAGGCUCAAGACGUAUGCCAACUCCCCAGAAGCACCUCAGGAGGAGGCUUCUCUCAGCAAUAGGCUCAAGACCUAUGCCAACUUCCCAGAAGCACCUCAGGAGGAGGCUUCUCUCAGCAAUAGGCUCAAGACGUAUGCCAACUUCCCAGAAGCACCUCAGGAGGAGGCUUCUCUCAGCAAUAGGCUCAAGACCUAUGCCAACUUCCCAGAAGCACCUCAGGAGGAGGCUUCUCUCAGCAAUAGGCUCAAGACGUAUGCCAACUUCCCAGAAGCACCUCAGGAGGAGGCUUCUCUCAGCAAUAGGCUCAAGACGUAUGCCAACUUCCCAGAAGCACCUCAGGAGGAGGCUUCUCUCAGCAACAGGCUCAAGACGUAUGCCAACUUCCCAGAAGCACCUCAGGAGGAGGCUUCUCUCAGCAAUAGGCUCAAGACGUAUGCCAACUUCCCAGAAGCACCUCAGGAGGAGGCUUCUCUCAGCAAUAGGCUCAAGACGUAUGCCAACUUCCCAGAAGCACCUCAGGAGGAGGCUUCUCUCAGCAACAGGCUCAAGACGUAUGCCAACUUCCCAGAAGCACCUCAGGAGGAGGCUUCUCUCAGCAAUAGGCUCAAGACGUAUGCCAACUUCCCAGAAGCACCUCAGGAGGAGGCUUCUCUCAGCAAUAGGCUCAAGACGUAUGCCAACUUCCCAGAAGCACCUCAGGAGGAGGCUUCUCUCAGCAAUAGGCUCAAGACGUAUGCCAACUUCCCAGAAGCACCUCAGGAGGAGGCUUCUCUCAGCAAUAGGCUCAAGACGUAUGCCAACUUCCCAGAAGCACCUCAGGAGGAGGCUUCUCUCAGCAAUAGGCUCAAGACGUAUGCCAACUUCCCAGAAGCACCUCAGGAGGAGGCUUCUCUCAGCAAUAGGCUCAAGACGUAUGCCAACUUCCCAGAAGCACCUCAGGAGGAGGCUUCUCUCAGCAAUAGGCUCAAGACGUAUGCCAACUUCCCAGAAGCACCUCAGGAGGAGGCUUCUCUCAGCAAUAGGCUCAAGACGUAUGCCAACUUCCCAGAAGCACCUCAGGAGGAGGCUUCUCUCAGCAAUAGGCUCAAGACGUAUGCCAACUUCCCAGAAGCACCUCAGGAGGAGGCUUCUCUCAGCAAUAGGCUCAAGACGUAUGCCAACUUCCCAGAAGCACCUCAGGAGGAGGCUUCUCUCAGCAAUAGGCUCAAGACGUAUGCCAACUUCCCAGAAGCACCUCAGGAGGAGGCUUCUCUCAGCAAUAGGCUCAAGACGUAUGCCAACUUCCCAGAAGCACCUCAGGAGGAGGCUUCUCUCAGCAAUAGGCUCAAGACGUAUGCCAACUUCCCAGAAGCACCUCAGGAGGAGGCUUCUCUCAGCAAUAGGCUCAAGACGUAUGCCAACUUCCCAGAAGCACCUCAGGAGGAGGCUUCUCUCAGCAAUAGGCUCAAGACGUAUGCCAACUUCCCAGAAGCACCUCAGGAGGAGGCUUCUCUCAGCAAUAGGCUCAAGACGUAUGCCAACUCCCCAGAAGCACCUCAGGAGGAGGCUUCUCUCAGCAAUAGGCUCAAGACGUAUGCCAACUUCCCAGAAGCACCUCAGGAGGAGGCUUCUCUCAGCAAUAGGCUCAAGACGUAUGCCAACUUCCCAGAAGCACCUCAGGAGGAAGCUUCUCUCAGCAAUAGGCUCAAGACGUAUGCCAACUUCCCAGAAGCACCUCAGGAGGAGGCUUCUCUCAGCAAUAGGCUCAAGACGUAUGCCAACUUCCCAGAAGCACCUCAGGAGGAAGCUUCUCUCAGCAAUAGGCUCAAGACGUAUGCCAACUUCCCAGAAGCACCUCAGGAGGAGGCUUCUCUCAGCAAUAGGCUCAAGACGUAUGCCAAAUUCCCAGAAGCACCUCAGGAGGAAGCUUCUCUCAGCAAUAGGCUCAAGACGUAUGCCAACUUCCCAGAAGCACCUCAGGAGGAGGCUUCUCUCAGCAAUAGGCUCAAGACGUAUGCCAACUUCCCAGAAGCACCUCAGGAGGAGGCUUCUCUCAGCAAUAGGCUCAAGACGUAUGCCAACUUCCCAGAAGCACCUCAGGAGGAGGCUUCUCUCAGCAAUAGGCUCAAGACCUAUGCCAACUUCCCAGAAGCACCUCAGGAGGAGGCUUCUCUCAGCAAUAGGCUCAAGACGUAUGCCAACUUCCCAGAAGCACCUCAGGAGGAAGCUUCUCUCAGCAAUAGGCUCAAGACCUAUGCCAACUUCCCAGAAGCACCUCAGGAGGAGGCUUCUCUCAGCAAUAGGCUCAAGACGUAUGCCAACUUCCCAGAAGCACCUCAGGAGGAGGCUUCUCUCAGCAAUAGGCUCAAGACGUAUGCCAACUUCCCAGAAGCACCUCAGGAGGAGGCUUCUCUCAGCAAUAGGCUCAAGACGUAUGCCAACUUCCCAGAAGCACCUCAGGAGGAGGCUUCUCUCAGCAAUAG